AUGACAUAUUAGAAUAUUUGCUGUUUAAAGGUUACUAAAAUCUAUUGAUAUUUCUUUGCAUUAUACACCUUUAAAAAUUAAAAAAACAACAGUAAAAUGGUUUGCGAAAAGUGUGAAAAGAAACUCGGACGAGUUAUAACGCCGGAUCCUUGGAAGGCGGGAGCAAGGAACACAGUUGAAUCUGGUGGCAGGAAAGUUGGGGAAAAUAAGGCGUUAACAGCUAAGAAAGGACGAUAUAAUCCUUAUACAUCAAAGUUUUAUGAAUGCAAGAUAUGUCGCACCAAAGUCCAUCAAGUUGGUUCGCACUAUUGUCAAGCCUGUGCAUAUAAGAAAGGUAUCUGUUCAAUGUGUGGGAAGAAAAUAUUAGACACAGCAAAUUAUAGACAGAGUUCAACUUAGUUAUAAGAUUUUCAAAUGGUUUAGACUCAAUUUUUAUAUUAAAGUAAGUAUCUAGAACUAAGCCCGGUAAACACAGUAUAGUGAAUAAAAUGCAUUUAAAGAUUGAUAAUACCGUUAUUCAUCUUCAUUGUCUAUGAGUUAUUUUACAUUGAUAUUUCAAAGAUAAAUUAAAAAAAACUGAAAAUAUUAUAAAAGUAACAAAUCUGUGGGAUUUAUUUUUAAUAUUUCAAAGUCUGAGUGUAGUUAAGAGUACUUCUCAA